UGCUUUACCCCUCCCAUUUAAAAUCUGCUGCUGAUUUCGUUAUCCACAUCCAAAACCCAAACGACCACUGUCAACACAGAGGAAAACAAUGGCUUCAUCAUCUCUUCUGCUUCCUCUUGGUUCUGCUUUUUCUAGAUGUAUGUACACCAAUCAUCAUACCAUUGCGGGUGGUAAAAUUAGAUGUGUGAUUUUGAGAUGCUCGAGUUCAGAAUUGAGAAUAGAAGCUUCAAAGAGAAUUGACAAUGGGGAUGAAUUGCCCUUAAGUAAGCGCAGGAAUGUCAUUGGCAUGCUAGUGGGUGUUUCAAGCCUCUUGCUUUCCUCCCUCGAUGCCAAUGGAGCUGGCUUGCCUCCAGAGGAAAAACCUAGACUCUGUGAUGAUAAUUGUGAGAAAGAGCUUGAAAAUGUACCGAUGGUAACUACCGAGUCUGGUUUGCAGUACAAAGAUAUUAAAGUUGGUAAAGGCCCUAGUCCCCCAGUUGGUUAUCAGGUGGCUGCAAAUUAUGUUGCUAUGGUUCCAUCUGGACAAAUAUUUGACAGUUCACUGGACAAGGGCCUGCCUUAUAUCUUUCGUGUUGGAUCCGGUCAGGUAAUCAAGGGACUUGAUGAAGGGAUCCUGAGCAUGAAAUUAGGAGGCAAACGGCGACUGUACAUUCCUGGACCACUGGCAUUCCCGAAAGGUCUCAGCUCAGCUCCAGGAAGGCCAAGAGUGGCUCCUAAUAGUCCGGUUAUAUUUGAUGUGAGUUUGGAGUACAUACCGGGUCUUGAAGCCGAGGAAGAGUAGAAUACCUUAACUUCAUCCUCAUUUUUUGUUCUCCCAUUGUAUGGGAACCAAUAACCAUCGUACCAUAAAUCUUCCAUUUUAUUCAUUCAUUGUACUACAUUGAUAUUGUAUUCCAAUCAUCAGUGGCGGACACAGAGGUUGGAGUGGGGUGCUCUUAUUUUUGGUAAUAACAACCCAUAUUUAGUAUGGA